GCAGCCCGAGCAUCAUAUAACUACCCUGCAACAAAUGCUUCAGCAGGGAAAUGCUCUGUACCAUUUUCCCGGCCUUUUCUCUUCCGUUCUCAGAUCAAUCAUCCAAACGAGAAAAGGAAAGCCAUCUGCGAUAUAUAUAUAUAUUUUUCCUGAAGAACAGAUCCAGAGAAACUUUUCCAGCCAGGAUCUUCGAUAAUCGCAAAAAUGUCCGGCCAAAGUCAGCGUCUGACUGUCGUUCCCACCGUCACUAUGCUUGGCGUCAUGAAAGCCCGCCUUGUUGGUGCCACUCGCGGCCAUGCCCUCCUCAAGAAGAAGAGCGAUGCUCUUACAGUUCAAUUCCGUCAAAUCCUUAAGAAAAUUGUCUCCACAAAGGAAACCAUGGGUGACAUCAUGAAGACCUCUUCUUUUGCACUCACUGAAGCUAAAUAUGUUGCUGGUGAGAACAUCAAGCACAUUGUCCUCGAGAAUGUCCAUUCAGCAUCUUUAAAAGUCCGGUCCCGCCAAGAGAAUGUUGCCGGCGUCAAACUCCCGAAAUUCGAGUACUUCCAUGAUGGGGAGACCAAGAAUGAUCUCACUGGCCUGGCCCGUGGUGGCCAGCAGAUUCAGCUUUGCCGCACUGCUUAUGUUAAAGCAAUAGAAGUUCUUGUCGAGCUAGCUUCACUUCAGACAUCAUUUCUGACGCUUGACGAGGCAAUUAAGACCACGAAUCGGAGGGUGAAUGCUCUGGAGAAUGUUGUGAAGCCGAGGCUGGAAAAUACUAUCAGUUAUAUCAAAGCGGAAUUGGAUGAGCUCGAGAGGGAGGAUUUCUUCAGGUUGAAGAAGAUACAGGGGUACAAGAAGAGGGAGCUUGAGAGGCAGCUUGCAGCAGCAAAGGACUUUGCAGAGGAGCAGGUUGCAGAGAAAGUCUCAUUGAACAGGGGGAUUUCGAUUAAUGCUGCGCACAACUUCUUGUCUGGGACGGCAGAGAAGGACGAGGAUAUCAUUUUCUGAUGGAGGUUGGUUUCUCUGUUUUUCUUUAGAUUUUAUGGUUUUCUUGUGAUGCUGCUUGGUUGUUGAGAAACUUCUUUUCGUGAUUUUUUAAUGGCUAAUAUCACGCCAUGAAUAAGAAAUCUAUUUCCAUCCGUUUCAGACAGAAUGUACAUACAAUCAUGGUUAGACAUUAUCUAUCCUGAACCCCUUUGCUCAUUAGUUAGUUUACAUAAUUCUGUUUCUGGGUUUCUUGUUCAUGAAUGAGGAUUGAUGUUGUACCUAUACUUACUGUAAUCAAGUCUAGAUGAUACUUAUUAUUGUCUUA